UCAAAAAUUCUAAAUCAAAUCAAAACAAUCAGGCGGCCGCCGGCUUUGGCCGCUUAUUAUAAAUUUUUUUGAAAUAUUUUUAAAAAUUGAUACAAAAUGGGAUUUGAUAACGCGCGGAUAUUAUUAGAUAGCCCCAGUAAUACAUACUACACUGGUCAAACGCUUAAUGGGCGUCUUAUAUUUUCGAGAGACAAGGUCAAAAAGUUCAGAGGUAUCUAUGUAUGUAUGCGGGGAUACUGCAAAGUGCACUGGUCAAAAAUGGAACAGAACCCAAACUCACGAACUGACGGCGACCGGUACAGAGCCAUCAACCAUGACUCCUAUGAGGAAUACUUGAACCAUAAGAUAUAUCUGGCCGGCAGUUCUUCAGGGGAUCACCAGCUGCCUGCAGGUCAACAUGACCUUCCAUUCAGCAUCAAAAUCCCGGACAACUGUCCUACAGCCUUCGAAGGGGAACACGGUUACAUCAGAUAUGAACUGAAAGUUGUUGUGGACAAAGCUUUCAAGACUGAUCAAGAAUUGAUGAUGUCUGUGAGAGUGAUAGCUCCGUUGGAUUUGAAUUUGGUGCCAAAUGCUAGAGAGCCAAUCGAAAUGAAACUGGUAGACUCUUAUUGCUGUUGGUGUGUCAGCGCUGGUUCUUCGGAGACCACAGUGAGGCUACCCACUACGGGGUACAGCAGCGGGCAGGUCAUGCCGGUACAAGUCUGUUGUAUCAACAGGAGCACCGAGGAAAUAGAUCUCAAAGUCACGAUCAAAAAGGAGAUAACGUACCACGCCCGCAACGUGCCGGGCACGAAGCGCGUGCGCUGCACGCUGCUGGAGGACAAGCGGGGCCCUGUCCCGCCGCACGUGACGCGGACGUGGACCGUCGACAUCGCAGUGCCCGAAGCUGACGUGCUCAAUAUGAGGAACUGCUCAUUUAUAGACGUCGAUUAUGAGCUGAAGAUCACCGUAUCUCCCAACGGUUGCCACGAUGACAGCGACGACAGUUGCCCCCUGAUCUUCGGCACCAUCCCACUGGGCUCCGCACAGCCCACACAAUACCCACCAGCACCCACAGCCCAGGCUUACCCACCAGCGAUCACCCACCAACCGUACCCAGCACACCAUACUUACCAGCCGAAUCAGCCAUUUCCUACUCCGAACCCUGGUCUAAGUUCUUACCCAGUUAAUCCACCUGUUGCCCCAGCUUCUCCUUACCCACCCAACCCUGUUGCGCAUCCACCUUACCCCUACCACGUGGCGAUUUCCCCUUACCCCCCAAUUCCACCUCAAUCAACUGCCUUACAAACUGCACCAAAUCCUGGACCGUACCCUCAACCUCCGUAUCCCACUGGACCCCAGACCUCAGAAACCCCUCCGUACCCCAUCUCACCUCCAGGAAACCCUCAGUACCCUAUCACGCCCCCUGGGAAUCCUCAAUAUCCAGCAUCCCCAUAUCCAACUUACCCAAUCGGAGGUGGUCUGAAGACUGGGACGUUGGGCUUUGUGCAUGGUGAUGAUAAAAUGGCAGUCAGCAUACCGCUUUUACCACCCGGUUCAGUUCCGAUGCCCCAGCCCGACAUUUCGGCGAACCCGUAUGCGGCUAGCGCUCCAGAACCUUCAACGCCUGAUGACGUCACAAAGCCGCUAAUGGAGGGCGGUAUCGACCAAUCACAUUCGCCGCCUUACAACCCAUCAUUCGCCAAUCAGAAGACUGAUUGAAUGGAUUACAAGAAACUUUAAAAUAGUGGCGAUUGCAUCACGAUGCGCCUUACUAAAGCUAGCGGCAAUAUUUUUACAGUUACAACCAUGGAAAUUGGAAAUAAAAGAACCUGCUCCCGUAGCAUAGCAAGCGAAACGCUGUUUUUAUCGCGCCAAAAACUAAUCGUUUCGCUUUAAAACGAAACAGCGAUAGUUUUUUGCGCGAUAAAAACGGCGACGCGCGUUCCACACGGGGACUGAAAAACCAACGUAAAACAAAAAAAAUACGUCGAGUCAUUUUUUUUCUCUUAUCUCUUUUUAAUUAAUUUAUCUCUCUUUGUAGUUAUACCAUUUAUAAAUUUCAAGGUCAUUGUUCUCAAAUUAAACUUGAUUAUGCGACUGUUUUUUCCACCUUGGUUAUACUUCCUUGGUUGCAAAACUAUUUGCUUUUUAACCGCUGUAUCACAGAUAUUUAAGACAAAUACUUUAAACAUAAACAUUUUUUUAUAUUGUCGUUGCCAAAUACAUUUUAUUCCGUGAAUGAGAAAAUUUGUAUGAAAAAUAAAAGUAGUUAAGUCUUCCAGUUUUCAAGCCUAUGGGAUCUUUUCAUACCGUAGGUUAUAUUAUCUAUUUAUAAGUAAAUACUUACAUCACAAAAGUGCCAUAAUUUUUUUAAAACAAGUAAUUUAAAUAUGGUAUAUGUUAAACAAUGAUGAAAAUUUAUAUAAAAUGUUUGUAAUCAUUACUAUUUUAAAUACAAUAUUUACUUUUAUACUGAAUAUCUACCUCUAAAGAGUACCAUUUACAAUAGGUCAUAAAUAAUAUAUUUUGCUAAAAAAAAUAAAUAUGCAGACGUUUCAUGAAAGUCUUUGAUAAUUCGACACCUUAAUUUACGAUUAUGCAUUUCUAAGACAUAAUAAAUUAGUUUUUAAGUGAAAUUAUAAUAUUUUUACGUGUGAAAUUUUCUCAUUGAUGUCUAAACUUCUUAAAUAGAAAGCGCACUGUGGUUAUCACGGACGAAAAAUGUUACACAUAUGCGACUAUUUAAGCAGUUUAUAAUUAUUGAGGAUCUUAUUUUUUUUAUGUAUGUUGCUAAGAAUAAGCUUAUGCAAUUUUUUUUUAAAUUUUUAUUUAGUCAUCCAGCUGAGCUGGUGCAUUUAUAAAGUACUUUUUAGUAAUUAAGACAUGCAUAUUCAAUUAUUAUUUAAAAUUUGCUAACACUACUCUAUAAACAAUAAGAGCAUAUGUACUUAUCAUCAUAUACCUUCUACAGCUGUCCCAAUAGCAAUAAAGUACUUAAUUUUUUUUUAUCCCGAAGCCAAACUCACUUUGAAAAAACACAAAGGAUAUUUCCAUCUCUUUUUCAUUGGCUUAAUCAUAAAGAGAUGGAAAGAUAACAGCCGACCAAAUGCGAGCCGGAAUCUCACUAGAUCACACCUUAGGAGUUAGUGCGGGUUUUACUCGAUCAAACGCGUCGAGCAAGUAAACGCGAUUGCCCACUUCUGGGCUUAUGCAUCUCCAAUCUUUCCUAGCUUUAUCAAAGGGUUUUCUGGUCCAAGUUUACUCAUACUUUAUGAAGAAUUAAUAAAAGAAUAGACAUACCUAUAUAUUAAAUGUCUUCUCAACUUUGUGAUAAAUCUACUACUCGUAUUGUGGCUACUUUUUCGAUUAAUUUAUCGUACAUGUCUAUAGCGUAUUAAGUCUAAUGCACAUUCAUUUUUAUGAUUUAAACUUUGUUUAAGAUUAAUACUGGACUGUUGAUACAUUUUAUUCUAUAGUUUUAAGGCUGUUAUUACAUGUACUUCUACCAGUAGAAUAAAUAUGAUGGUGCUUUGUCUGUCUGUGAUCAAAAUGAGUUUUGAAUUAAAUUACUCGUUAAAAUAACGCAACUUAUUGAAAUAGAAUCUCUUAAGUACAUAUUUUAAGAAGAAACUUGUUUUUUUAUGGAAUUAUAUUUGACGACUUAUUUUUGUAAGACGAAUUUUAGACUAGUUUUGUUUUUAAUAAGAAGAGCAAUGUUUUUUAUUCUUACGAUGAAGAUAUGCAGAAUACAGAAUUACGUUAUUCA